AUGGAAGGAGCUGCAAGUGUGUCGCUGGAUUAUCUGCCCGAGAACAUUUUAAUGGAAAUCUUCUCCUGCCUGAGCGUGCGAGACCUCCUUCGAUCAAGCAGAGUCUGCAAGAAGUGGCGAAGGAUUGUCCAAGACAAGAAGCUGUGGGUGCAUGUGGACCUGAGUGGGUACAGCAAGGUCUCCUCCAAGGUGCUCUGGCUUCUGCUCCGCCGGUACCUGGGCAGUGGGCUGCUCUCCUUGAGCCUGCGAGGGCAGCUGGGCUCCCUCAGGAAGCAGGGUCUCCUCUCCCCAGCCCUGCUGCGGGCCCUGAGCCAGCGCUGCCCCAGGCUGCGAAUCCUCUCCCUCACCCAGGAGGACCUCAAGGGGCUGGGCAGCUACCAGCAGCUCCCGGCUUCUCUGCGGACCCUGAAGAUGUGCCGCUGUGAGAUCCCGCUGCUCUUCUUCCAGGCCGCUCCGCAGGGAAGCGUCAGGACGGGGCUGGAGGCUCUCGUCCUGAGGAACGUGCCGUCCUUCAGCGACUCCCACCUCAAGUCCCUUGCCUCCCAGGUCUCUCUGAAGACGCUGGUUCUGUCUGGUACCUACCGCGUGACGGACCAGGGGAUCCGGGAGAGCGCCGAGAGCCUGGCCCAGAUCUCCCGUCUGGGGCUGCAUGGCUGCGGUGUGUCGGAGGGCGUCCUGCAUUUCAUUUGCCGAAACAUGAGGAGGCUGAGGGUCCUGCAGCUCUCGGGUCUCCCCUCACUGACGGGGGCCGGGCUGAGCUGCAUCUCCCAGCUCCAGGAGCUCGAGACCCUGAGCUUGGAGCGUUGCUGCGGCAACGGCGAGGGGGAGGGGCUACUGAACCCCGAGGUCAUCGUCGCAGCCUGUCGCCUCCUCCCUGCUCUCGGGACCCUCCGCCUGAGCCAGAGAGAUUUCGGGGAUCCAGACGCAAUCGGCAAGGUGAGGGAGGGGCUGCCGGGCUGCCUGGUCACCAGCGCCCCCCUCCCCCACCCCCCGCCCCUCUGAUACCAACUCCAUGGGACACAAGUAGAUGAGAGUCUAUCAUGCCUUUCCAAUGAAUUGCUUCAUUUGUGCCUUUUCUUCUGCACUGAUGUCCUAUUGUAAGGAUUGGAAGUGUACAGUUUACCCCCCCCCUAGUGUAAGUCUCUGGAAGUCGCUUUGGAUAAAAGCAUCAGCUAAAUGACUAAUUAUUAUUAUUAUUAUUAUUAUUAUUAUUAUUAUUAUUAUUAUUAUUAUUAUUAUUAUUAUGCCUUACUGUUUAAGAGAUGGUUGCAUAUCAUUAUGAUCCACUCCUGUUCACUCAUUUAAUUUAAUGGAAUAUAUAUAUUUUCUAUUUGCAUUGUCACCAUCUUAAUGUUUACACUAGAGAUGGCAAUAAGACUCCAGAUGCAUAGCAGUCUGAUCCAGUCCAGUGUAGGAAUUGCAUUGAAUUGCAUUACAAUGGAAUGAUUCUUGACACUAUGUCUUUUUGUAUUGAUUUUGUUAUAUCAGAUUUUGUUCAUCGUGGUCUGUAUGAAGCAGAGUUAGUUCAUUGUAUAGGCAAAACUUUUUCCCACACACGAGUGCCUAUCGUUUCUCUAUCGCUGAUUGCUGACUGUCGUUUUUAAUUAGCUAUAUACAGGUGUGUGUGUUCCACGCAUUUGCCCGCUGUGGCUCGGAACCCGACCUGCCCACGUCAGCCUGGGAAGUUCGAGCGUCCCUUCGUCACCUAUCCUGUCUUUAUGACGUGUCAGCGGCGGUUCCUUUUGAAGUGCGCGCAUUGUGUCGCUGUGAAGGGUGACAGCCAGCGCGGGUAAGGUGUGCGCCCCGGCUGGCGUGGGGUUCAACGCGUAAUGAAUGAACAGCCCUGAUAAUAACACGCAGCCGCGAACUGCACGCUCCCACAGAAACACAAGGGGAGAGAUAGGGACGAAUCUCAAGCUGUAUUAUCUGCAGAGAAUCGCACCAUUAUAUGUUUUACAGUUGAAAAUUGUUUUCUUUUCUUUUUUUUUUUUUUUAAAUGAAUAAAGAUGCAAGCCAGCGGAUGAGAUU